GAAGAAGGAUCACAUCGUGAUGGUGAACGGCCUUUCCAUGGAGAACGUCUCGUCCUCCUUUGCCAUCCAGACACUUAAAACCUGUGGCAAGAUCGCCAACGUCACACUGAAAAGACCAAAGAAAGUCCACCUCCCCGUCAGCAAGAGCAGCCCCAGGUCCCCCACCACCUCCCGGCGCUACGACUCAGACGAGGACUAUGGGUCGCACGGUGCGGAUCCAGCCCUGCACCGCUCCCGGGAUGACCUGGACCAUAGCCAGGGCUACGAUGGGGACUCGUCCAGUGAAAGGAGCUCUGGCCACCACCGGGAUGACCGCCGCCAUCACAAGUCGGUGUCCCGGAGCCGGAGGCGAAGCCAGGACAGCAGCCACUGGAGCCCCGAAUGUGCCGCCACCGGGCUGCCCCUGGUGUCGGGCUUCAAGCGGCUGCCGUGCCGGGAUGUGCCAAUGAAGCCCAUCACAUCGGUCCUGGUGAAGCAGAAGCAGAACGAAGAGUACGGCCUGAAGCUGGGAAGUCAGCUCUUCAUCAAGCACAUAGUGGAGAGUGGGCUGGCAGCGAAGGGCAGCUCCUUGCAGGAGGGAGACCUUAUCUUGAAGAUCAAUGGGGUGGCCAGCGAGGACAUGUCCCUGGCUGACACCCAGCAGCUCAUCGAGCAGACAGAGGGGACCCUGACCCUGCUCAUCCUCCGGGACCACCGGCAGUUCCUGGUCAACAUCCCCGACAUAGAAGACAGCCAGAGUGACAGCUCCCGCAUGGAUGAUAUCUCCGACAUCGACUCUGAACUGUCCCGUCCGCCAUCCCCUGAGACCUCCCCACGACUUCCAGCUGCUGCCAGGAUGAAUUCACCACCCGAAAGGAGACGAUCAGACAGGGAUCCUGUGGCGGACACGAUCAUGGACAAUGAUCGGGGCCCUGCCGUGGAGGGGGAUGGCUGCCAUGGCCCCCAUGCCAGCCCCGCUGCCCGAGCUGCCCGCAAGGAUGGGUACAGCGCCGACUCCAGGGUCGUGCACUUCGUGAAGGCCAAGAGUGUCGGGCUGCGGCUGGCCGGCGGGAACGACGUGGGCAUCUUUGUGUCGAGUGUGCAGGAGGGGAGCCCGGCCGACAACCAGGGCAUCCGGGAAGGGGACCAGAUCCUGCAGGGGAACGACACCAGUUUCCAGAACCUGACCCGCGAGGAGGCCGUGGAGUAUCUCAUGAGCCUGCCACCAGGCGAGGACAUCACGCUGUGGACCCAGAGCAAACAGGACAUUUACAGGAAGAUGAUCUCAUCCAACGUGGGCGACUCAUUCUACAUCCGGACGCACUUUGACUUCGAGAAGGACACACCGUCAGGGCUCAGCUUCGUCCGUGGGGACGUCUUCCAUGUGCUGGACACCAUGUACCGGGGCAGGCUGGGGAGCUGGCUGGCUGUGCGCAUGGGCAGGGACCUGCAGGAGCAGGACAAGGGCAUCAUCCCCAACCGGAGCAGGGCUGAACAGAUUGCCAGCCUGGAGUCGGUGCUGAAAGCCACGUCCAGUGCCAAUCCUUCUGGGGCACGGGCUGAGUUUUGGAAGCUGCGGGGCUUGCGGGGAGCCAAGAAGAUGCUGCGGAAGAGCCGGGAGGACCUGUCUGCCCUCACAAAGCAGGGCCACUACCCGCCGUAUGAGAGAGUGGUCCUGAAGGAAGCCAGCUUCAAGCGGCCAGUGGUGAUCCUGGGGCCCAUUGCAGACAUCGCCAUGCAGAAGCUGAGCAUGGAGUUGCCCAAGCUGUUCGAGAUUGCCCCAAGCGUGCCCCGAGACGGGGCAUUGUCCAAGGUCAUCAAGUUGGACUCGGUGCAGCAGAUCGCAGAAAAGGACAAGCAUGCCUUGUUGGACAUCACACCCUCGGCUGUGGAGCGCCUCAACUACAUGCAGUACUACCCGGUGGUGGUGUUUUGCGAGCCUGAGAGCCGUCAGGGCAUCAAGGCCAUGCGCCAGUGGCUGGCGCCCGAUUCCAGGAAGAGCUCCAGGCGCCUCUACGCGCAGGCCAGCAAGAUGAAGAAGUACUGCUUCACUGCCCCCAUCAGCCUCAGCGGCAGCGGCAACGCCUGGUACGAGGCGAUCAAGGACAUCAUCAGGACGCAGCAGAGCCAGCCUGUUUGGACGGCGGCGGAGCAGAGGCAUCACUGCAGCUUCUCGUCCCCCAGGGAAUACGAGCAUGACGCUGUGAGGAAGAGGUUCACACGGGCCAGAGAUGACUCAGACCAGGAUGAAGGCUACGAGUGGGGCCCAGCUACAGAUGUGUAG